UAUUAAAAACUACAACUGAAUUAUACGAGAUAUUUUCAAAAUUUUUAGUCAGACGUGUUAUGAAUUUUUAGACCAAACCAAUUGAAGCCAGUUCUUCAAUAUGUCAAACUCCGGACUAACGACACUCGCCCAGCUGCAGCAACUUAAUGAUGCCCAAUUGUCUGUGAUGUGUCGCAACUAUCGGAUAACACCCACUUUUAUGACAGGCCGAAAUCGUCGACAUUUGGAACGUCGGCUGCAUGUGGCCAUAAUUGAGGAGAGUGCUCAACAGCGUGCCCUGGACUAUAUAGCCAAGGAGAAGGACAAAGACUAUCAAAACGAUUUGUAUGCCAGAAGCAUGGGAUCAGAGAUUUUGCCAGCUCGACCAAGAGUGAACACUCGUUCUCCCUCACCCGGAUUAUACGAGAUCAGUCGGUCACAGAAUGCGGGAACCAUGACAACACCAUCGGUUCAUAAUAUUGGUGGUAAUCGCACUCUCUGGCCCUCACCGCUGCCCCACAACAUUGGACGUACUUAUAAACGGCAACGAGUAACGCAAGAGCCCUCUAUUUUAUCCUCAGCUCUCGCUAAGGCUCCGGGUCUGUUAUUAAAUUUGGCUAAGGAAGUGCCUUUAAGAAUAUGGAAAGGUUUGGAAGGACAAUUGGCACCUUUUCAACGAUUUCGCGGUGGAGAGCAGCAGAGCGUGCAGAAUAUUGAAGUUUAUCAAUCAAAUCCACAACAGCAAGACGAUACAACAAACCGAGGAGUAACUCGAAUAACUCAUCAAUUGAAUAACACAUUCGAGGAACAACCUCACACUUAUCCCUAUGGCCUUGACUAUGAAGAACUUCAGCAUUAUACACAGGAACCUGUUAACUUCGCCGACAUUGAAACGGAUCAAGAUGAAGUCUCUGUUGACAGUAUGACCACACCUCAUGAAAGUGAUUCUAUUGACAGUUUUCAUAGUUCUUUGGAUGAAAUGGUUGAAGAGAAACCUGCAGUCAAAGCAAAACCAAAUGAGCAGCCAAUGCUAAGUGCUUUCAGAUUUGCUUGGUGGCGAAGCCCUGAAAAAGAGUUGGCACUCCUUCCAGAUCGCCUUGAAACGGAUCGCAUCUCUGAGCAUGAACAGGAACUGAAUACCUAUGAAUAUCUGAGCGACGAUCAAAAACUAGGAGAGCAGCGUAAAGAAGUAAAGGAUAUAAUGGGUCGCGUCGACCUACGUGACGAUAGUGAUGACGAAGCUGUGAUAACCCUACCCAGUCGUCGACAACGAAUCUUAAGAUCGUGUGGUGCAUUUUGUAGAAAUGUCUAUGAGUUUCUCUUCUGCGAUCGGGAUGGUGUUUGGGAUAUUGAAAAGGUCCGCUGUACGGUCUUUUUUUGUGGCAUGCUGGUUUUUCUCGGGGCUAGUUUUAGGAAAAUGCAAUAAUCGAAUAACAAAGAAAACAUUUGUACAACGGAUGUGUGUAUCUUAAUAAAAAUUGUACUUACAACGUCA